CCGUGGGCCGAGGCGGGGUACAGAGGUGGCAGCUGUGCGAGGAGGCGGCGCGGGUGAACGAGGCCCUCAAGCCCGGACCAAUCCCCGUGUGCCGGGCCGCGGUCCUGAUCCUGCAGCGCACUGGGAAGCGAAACCGGCCGGAUGGGCCGCUGAGCCCGGAUCGGGGACCGUGUGGAGCCCCCUGGAGCUGAGAUCAGGAUGUUCCGCUUCAUGAGAGACGUGGAGCCCGAGGAUCCCAUGUUCUUGAUGGACCCCUUUGCUAUUCACCGUCAGCAUAUGAGCCGUAUGUUGUCAGGUGGCUUUGGAUAUAGCCCCUUCCUCAGCAUCACAGAUGGCAACAUGCCAGGGACCAGGCCUGCCAGCCGCAGGAUGCAGGCCGGGGCCGUCUCCCCCUUUGGGAUGCUGGGAAUGUCAGGUGGCUUCAUGGACAUGUUUGGGAUGAUGAAUGACAUGAUUGGGAACAUGGAACACAUGACAGCUGGAGGCAAUUGCCAGACCUUUUCAUCCUCCACUGUCAUUUCCUACUCCAAUACGGGUGAUGGUGCCCCUAAGGUCUACCAAGAGACAUCAGAGAUGCGUUCAGCACCAGGCGGGAUCCGAGAGACACGGAGGACUGUCCGAGACUCAGACAGUGGACUAGAGCAGAUGUCCAUCGGGCAUCACAUUCGGGACAGGGCUCACAUCCUCCAGCGCUCCCGAAAUCACCGCACAGGCGACCAGGAGGAGCGGCAGGACUAUAUCAACCUGGAUGAGAGUGAGGCCGCAGCAUUUGAUGAUGAGUGGCGGAGGGAGACGUCCCGAUUCCGGCAGCAGCGGCCCCUGGAGUUUCGGCGGCAUGAGGCGCCCGGGGGUGGAGGACGAAGGGCUGAGGGGCCGCCCCGCCUGGCCAUACAGGGACCUGAGGACUCCCCCUCCCGACAGUCCCGCCGCUACGACUGGUGAGGGCCCCGGGCCCGCGGCCUCUUGUACAGGCUGAGAGGCCGAGAAAUCAUCCCCGAAGUAACUGUUCCUCUCCAACUCCCACCCCCAAUUUAAUAUUAAAUUAACAGGCAAGCUGGCCCCCACCUCUCCCUGGGGGUCUCAGGGAGAAACUUUCACUGCCCCCUUUACCUACUUUUUCCUUCCUUAAUCACCUCACCACCAUGACUCCAUCUUCUCAUUUUGCUGCUCUAUCGUUGAACCUCCUCACCUUCCCGGUUCUGCCCCUGCCAAGCACUGCAGGGUCUUUUGGGGUGAGCUCUGGGUUUAGGGGCCUCCUGCAGCCCUCAGCUCCCCUGGGUCUUUGCUCACCUCUCCCUCAGAGCCCCUGCUGCAGAGGCCAUAGCCCUGUCCAGGGCCGCACAGGGAGCGACUGGUUCCCAACUCUUUCUCCCUCCCCACUCCCACCCACACAGUCACAGAAAUCUUCCCUACACUCUUUUCUGCCUUUAUUUUUUGAUUUGUGCAACUUGUAACUAGGUGUUUAUGGAAUAAAGGAGAAUGGAAAAAAGACAA